GCCUGCCUGCAGACUGUAAGUGGAAAGCAUUUUUUACACUCAGCGUGGUAGUAACUCAUUAAAAGUGAAAACAUUUUCUACUCACCGCGAGAUUAAAAUGCAGCACACUUAGGAUGUCGGGGUUUUUUACCUUCUCGACAUAGUACUUCGGGUAAGUGUGCUUGGAUGAUGUUUGAUGUCCGCACACCUUUAAGGAUUCAUACACAACUUUUCAGCAGAGAGACGGGGCAGAAGGAGAAGGUUCGAAGAGGGGGCGUCCACUGGGGAGAAGCGGCCGCUGAGCGAGGCGGUGGAGGCGGUGAGGUGAGGAGCGCACUCAGAGGAGGGUGACGGGGGCAUGGAGAUGUUGCGUCGCUCCUCUGUGUUUGCCUCUGAAGUGUUUGACCGCUCGCCCACCGACAAGGAGCUGGUGUCCCAAGCCAAAGCACUGUGCAGGGAAUACAUCCACUCCAGGCUGAACCGUGCCGGGAUCGGCUGGUCCAAGCCUGAACACGGACUGGCUGCGUCAGGUGGGACACUGGGAGAGAUAUCUUCGGUCCUGCUGUGGCUGGGCGAUGAGUUGGAGUACCUUCGUCCCAAUGUGUACCGUAACGUCGCCCGCCAGCUGAACAUCACAGUGGCAUCGGAGAGCGUGGUGUCCGAUGCCUUCCUGGCUGUCGCUGCAGACAUUUUCUCCACAGGUGUGACAUGGGGAAAGGUGGUUUCCUUGUACGCUGUGGCGGGAGCCUUGGCGGUGGACUGUGUACGCCAUGGUCAUCCAGCAAUGGUCCAUACCAUUGUCGACUGCAUGGGGGAGUUUGUCCGCAAGAGCCUGACUUCCUGGUUAAAAAAGAGAGGAGGCUGGGUGGAUGUAACAAAGUGCGUGGUGAGCACUGACCCAAACUUCUGUUCGCACUGGCUGGUGUCUGCUGUCUGUGCCUUUGGACACUACCUGAAGACGGUCGUGCUACACCUCCUCCGCGAGAAGUGAAAGAAAAAGAGACACAGUGGAUUGUGAGCACACUGCCCGGCACUGCACACCACCAACACCACUAAAGCACCCACUGCUUUGGAAUAUGUUUACAUUUAUUUGCACUGAGCCUCGUUGAUGAACACCCACCCAUUUCACAGACAGCGAACUUUCCUCGCGUCUUUGGCUUCCUUGUCUAUUUAUUAUUAAUGGUUAUAUAAUGGCACACAUCGGAUGCAAACGUAUAAAAACUGCAUUUGUGAGCAAGUUUAGCUUUUCAUUUUUCAUCAAACUGCACAGCUUCCAGUCUUGGUGCCUGUUUUGCAGGGAUUUGGCUGCUCCUAGUGGUACCAAAUGGUAACUACUAGCCCUAUACACAGAGAAGUCAACUCAGGAUAAUCUGCGAGAUCCUGUGGCCAUUCAUGAGAACUUGGUAUUAGAGGAAAUCUACACUUUUCGCCUGGGCUGUAAUAGUUCAUGCUAGAUAAAGAGAAAAUUCAACAUAUUUUUGACCAACUAAGGACUGUACAAAAUUCCUUGAUAUCGAGGGAUCAGAAAAAACAUGGUUUGUGUAUUUGUUUUUCUUUUGACUUUGCAGUCUGAAAUGCUCAGAACAGCACAUUCUCCGUUUCAGGCCUUUAUUGUUCUUAUCAUGAUUGGCAGCAGCUUUGACAUUUUCUCUCCAUUCCUACAGUCACUCUUCAACAUUGUUCUGAAAGCAUUUAAAGUGACAGUUCGUCCCAAUGUCAGAUUGACAGAUUUUCCUCUGGCCCUCUUAUGCUGUAUGUCAGUCUACAUUAUUCAGGCGUGAGUUGCUGUUUUUGGAGGUGACAGGUUUAUAUAUGUCUGCUUUCUCUUGAAAAUAAUAAAAAUUAAAUGACAACGGCCCUUUGAUGCUCAAAGCAUUGAAAACUCAGCAGCAAUGCCUCUUACGCUAAAUCAUCAGCCCUGUUUCACCAUUUUCUUUUUACUAAAUAAAAAUUUACCAUAGCUAAUUCCAGCGAUACAGUUAACAAAUGUUAACUGUAAAAAAAACAAACAAACAAACAGUAACCUUUUAGAAAGAAAGUCAGUCUCUCAUCAAACUACUGACAACAAGGUUUGCAGAUAGUUUUUAUUUAUUUUUUAAAUGAGUAACUCUGUCAUGAUUUCUGCAAAACGAUGCAUGGUGUGCUGUUAUCUGUAAAAUGGCAAAUGUGACCUUGACCUUGAUGAAACAAAUUUGGAUGGAAACCCAUUAGGUGAUCAUUGUGUUUAGGUGUGAUUACAUUCUGAUCAAUACUCCAGGAGGAGUAAUCCUCACCGUGGCAUAAGCUUAUUGGUUCUACAGUUGGAUGAAACAGGUGGCAUUGAUCCAAACUCUAGAAGGAUCAAUAAGACCAUAGACCAGAGGGAAUCAAUGCAGUUUUGGUUUUGGGGUGAAAUGUACCUUUGUUAUAAAAAGGGUAGACCAUACAUUUAUUCUACCUGGUGAAUCCAUAGUAAACAUUAAGAUUACAAAUGUUGAAGCUGAGAUUAAGCUUUAUCCCAAGUUAUUUAUGAAUACUUUUUUAUUAGGAUAUAAAAUUAGAACAUUUUAGUUUUUUUAAUGGGCUUCGAUGCUUACACCAAGUCUCUAUGUACAGCAGCUUAAUUCAUCUUCAGUGGUCACUGUGAGGGAGUUUGUUAUAUUGCUGUACUGAAACUGCAGUGAGUUGCAACAUGUUUUUUUCUGAGCACUUUCAUUUCGUGAGUAGAAUUUAUUCCAUGAAUAAUUUCACUGUUUAUAUGGCAUGUUAAAUACAUAAAUGUUUGUGAAUGGUCUUUGACUGUAAAUAUGCAGACAUAAAUAAAAUAUUCUUAAAGCAAUCUGUAAA